UACACAGUGUCCAUAUACCCAACGUAGUGCAAACAACAAACAUGGUAAAGUAUCUCCUGGUGUUGACCCUGGUCGCUGCCGUCACAGCCAGAACGGCGACCACGGGACAGAACAAACUAGAAGGUCGAAGCUCAGAUGACAACAUUCUAGGAGAUCUUAAAUUAGCAUAUGAAACCUACAAAGAUUGCAGCGGGUCCGACAUUUCGCACUGCCUCAAACGAAAACUGGCGAAGACUUUGAGCAGGUUGACGAAAGCUGAGGAACUGAACAUCCUGAAUGGUGUCACGAUAACCAAGGAUAAGAAUGUGCAGAUUACGGAGAAGGAGGAGGCCAUCCCGAGAGGCAUGGAUGAGGGGUCACUGAACAACCUCAUUCUGGACAAAGUCGUCAACUUCAUGAGGUCCCAUACAUUACAGGUGAAAUUCCCCACCGAAGAUGAAAAUGACUUAUCUGACGACCAGGGUCGCAGCAGGAGGAAGAAGUUGGCGCCUCUUCUGGCUAUUCCUCUCUUGAUCGGAGGCAUGAUGGUUCCACUGGCCUUCGGAGCCCUAGCACUGUUGGCUGGCAAGGCUCUGAUCGUCUCCAAGUUGGCACUGGUACUGGCUGGCAUCAUCGGAUUGAAGAAACUGCUGUCUCCAAGCGGCGGAGGACAUGAGGCCCAUGAGGUGGUCGUUUCUGCAGGACACAGUGGCUCUGGGUGGAGCAGCGUUGGGCCAAGUGACCACCUCGAGAGAAAUGCCGAGGGAAAAUCAGGAUCGCUGGAGAAGUCUUCCCAUGACUUAGCGUACAACGCCUACGCCCAAUAGCCAACGAACCCACCGUUAAUUUAUAAUUAAUCCGCGAAUCUAAGGACCAGUCGGUUUCACAUCAAUUAUUAUGUUAUUAGACAACGUUUAUAAUUUAAAUUAUUGACAAUUUAUAGAGUACAUAGUUAUGCAACACACGAAAGAAUAUUGCAUUUCGCAAUUUAUUAUUCAAUUAUAAUUUUUUAUAUAAAUGAAAAAAAUAAUUUAUUUAUUAAAUAAUUUAUUUUUUUA